AGUUCUUCGAUCAGGACAACCUCUUCUCAGGCAUGCCCGCAGGCAGGCCCUUCUCUGGUCCUCAGCCCCUUGGUCCCUUGCCCCAAGCUCUGCCCUGUUCGGGCAAGUGUUAAAAAGCUCUUUAGCUCUGCCAGUAAGUACCCAGAGGCACCCCAGUCUGCCAAGAAGCCUCCUGCCCAAAGGCUCUAAGCUCUCUCACUCCAUGGGAUGGCAAGCCUAGCUCCAUCAAGCCUAGUUCCAUAGACAAAUGCCCAGAGCUACCCCAUUCCACCAGGAAGCCACCUGCCCAAAGGCUCUCAGCUGUCACUGCAUGGGUAGGCACACCCACUGUAGCCACGCCUGAUGCUGGUCUCCUGGUUCUGCCGCUGCUGCUUGCCAUCUCACGCCAUCUUGGAUGUUAUGCUGUCUCUGUCUUUGGGUCUAGGAGUUUCUCAGAGCAGGGAUCCUGGGUCCAAAGGACAUGCUCCACUCCUAGCUGUUCUUUGUGGUAGUGAGGCGCCCCCUUUCCAUCUCUGGGAUGGCUUGUUUUAAGCCGCUUAGUGGGAUGGCAAAACUGACCAAUGCCCUCAUUCGGAUUCCAUAUACUUUAUUUGCGUGGUCCUAUUUCCACAAGGGUGCCAUGCACCUUAUUUGCACUGUUAGUAAGCUAUCCAGUUCUCUUGGUGGGCCACAAGUAUAUUCUAUGCAUAGUCUCAUCCAGUCAUUUGGUGGGAGUUAAAGACCAUGGUGAGAAAGGCCAUUUAAAAGCGAUCCAUCACACCGCAGUUGCUAUUGUUGGUUGUAACUUUUCAUUAUCUUCCCUAGCUGGUUUUUUAUGUAAAAUUGUUUUUGAAACCCUCUGCUUAAUAGACACUGAUUCUAACAUAUUUUUUCAAGUGACUCAUGUUUUCUCUGUGAAUAAUAUCAUCUGCACACAAUAGUAAUUUUGUCUCCUCUUUCCUAAUGGCUAUAUGCCUUUUCUCGUGUCUUAUUGCUUUGGCUAGAACUUCCAGAAUAAUGUUAAGUAAGAGGAGUAAUGACAAGCAACCUUGUAUUGUCCCAGGCAUUAAUGGGAAUUCAUUUACUAUCGUGCUUACCAGACUAUGCUCCAGGGAACACUAAUUCUUUGGAAUAUUAAUAUGUGUUCCUUGAGAGAAGAGUUCUUUGGUUAAAUGAAUUUGAAAAUGACUGACUUAAUUCUUUUCUGCAGGAUUUUUCAAAUGGAUUAUUAUGCUGAAGUGUUUUUGAAUCCCUAAGAUGUAUGGAUAUUAGGGGUAGCUCAUGGGCUUCUAUUCUGCUAAAUACAUUUUGGGAAAUACAGACAUGUUUCCUUUUUAAGGAUGAUAUUGCCCCUGGUUUGAGGUUGAUUUUGUUUAUUAUAUUAACAGUAUUGUUCUACUCCUAGCUUAGUGAGUAUUUUUUCCUUACUCUGAAAGGAUGUUUAACUUUCUUAUAUGCAUUUUUGUCAUAACAUUGAUUUGGUCAUACGGUUUUUCUUUUUUGACUUACUGAUGUUAUGAAUUACAUUUGUAUAUGUCCUAACAUACAGCCACCCUUACAUUGUGAAGCAGCCUUACUUGAACAUAAAAUAUUAUUCUUUUAAUAAAAUAGGUUAUAUUUGCUAGUAUUUUCUUUCGGGCUUUAAAAUCUGUUUUCUUAAGUGAAGUUGACAGUUUUCUUCUUUAUGCUGUUUGUCGUCUUCUGAUAUAAGUUACAACAUAUGAACUGAGAUGCUUUAAAUGUUUUACAUGCAUCCAGAACAUUGUGAACAGCCUGAAGAUCAUUUGUGCCUUGGCACUUCUGUUUCUUUUUAUUCAGUUCUGCCAGUUUAUGUGAUCCUAAAAAUAUGUCCAUUUUGUGCAGAUUUCAAAUCAUAAAUCUAGGAUAAAUAAGGGCAUAGUAUUCCUCUUUGAUUAAAAUGUUUUAACCUAAAUUCUGAUGUGAUUUAAAAAAAAAAAAUUCUGACAUGACCUAGCUAUACUAACUGGUUGGUCCUUUCCUGCCAAGAGUCUUAGAUUUAGUUGUGCGGUAUCUUGUCCUGUAAUUUUUUCAAUUCUCUGUGAUUAUAUGCUGUUUUUCUAUAUUUGUUUCUUGCUGUCUUUUGGCUAAUUAUUCCUUUUCUAACCUCUUGGGUGAUUUCAUUUAUUUUUAUUCUUUAUUCUUUAGUGAUAAAAACUUCUGGGGCACUGACUUUCUGUGCUGUAGUUCUUUGUUAAUUUUUUCAAAACCCCAUUUCAUUAUGAAAAUUCUCAAAUAUACAGAAAAGUUGAGAGAGUUUUACACUAAAAUCCAUAUUCCCACCAUCAGGAGUUUAUACAGUUAUUAACAUUUUAUUGUGUUUGCUUUAUCACAUAUCUGUCUACCUCUUUUUUUUUUUUUUGGAUGCGUCUUCAAGUUAGUUGAAGAUGAAAGUGAACUUCACUCCUAAAUCCUUCUUGCUGCAAUUUUGGUGCAAGAAGAAGGGAAACUGACCUAGAUGUGCUAGAGCUGUGAGUAGCAGUGGAGGAUGAUGCAACCAUUAUGCGUUUUACUGCCUAAAGAUAACUCUUCGUUGGAAGGCACUGAGCAUUGCUCUAUGAAUUACCAACCCAAAGAGGAUAUAAAGAUUACGCUUCUUGUCAGUAGAAAUGGACAGCAGCAGUUUUAUUCAGUUUGAUGUGCCCGAGUACAGCAGCACCGUUCUGAGCCAGCUAAAUGAACUCCGCCUGCAAGGGAAACUAUGUGACAUCAUUGUCCACAUUCAGGGUCAGCCAUUCCGAGCCCACAAAGCAGUCCUUGCUGCCAGCUCCCCAUAUUUCCGGGACCAUUCAGCAUUAAGUACCAUGAGUGGCUUGUCAAUAUCAGUGAUUAAAAAUCCCAAUGUGUUUGAACAGUUGCUUUCAUUUUGUUACACUGGAAGAAUGUCCUUGCAGCUGAAGGAUGUUGUCAGUUUUCUGACUGCAGCUAGCUUUCUUCAGAUGCAGUGUGUCAUUGACAAGUGCACGCAGAUCCUAGAGAGCAUCCAUUCAAAAAUCAGUGUUGGAGAUGUUGACUCUGUUACUGUUGGUGCUGAAGAGAAUCCAGAGAGUCGUAAUGGAGUUAAAGAAAGCAGCUUCUUUGCCAACCCGGUUGAGGUUUCCCCUCCAUAUUGCUCUCAGGUGCGGCAGCCCACCACAAGCAGUGAUCUUCGGAUGGAGACUACCCCCAGCAAAGCUUUGCGCAGCCGCUUACAGGAGGAGGGGCACUCGGACCGAGGGAGCAGUGGGAGUGUUUCUGAGUAUGAGAUUCAGAUAGAGGGGGACCAUGAGCAAGGAGAUCUGUUGGUGAGGGAGAGCCAGAUCACUGAGGUAAAAGUGAAGAUGGAAAAGUCUGACCGGCCCAGCUGUUCUGACAGCUCCUCCUUGGGUGACGAUGGGUACCACACUGAGAUGGUUGAUGGGGAACAAGUUGUGGCAGUGAAUGUGGGCUCCUAUGGCUCUGUGCUACAGCACGCAUAUUCCUACUCCCAAGCAGCCUCACAGCCAACCAACGUAUCAGAAGCUUUUGGAAGUUUGAGUAAUUCCAGCCCAUCCAGGUCCAUGCUGAGCUGUUUCCGAGGAGGGCGUGCCCGCCAGAAGCGGGCUUUGUCUGUCCAUAUGCACAGUGAUCUGCAGGGUUUGGUGCAGGGAUCUGACAGCGAGGCUAUGGUGAAUAACCCUGGGUAUGAGAGCAGUCCCCGGGAGAGGAGUGCAAGAGGUCACUGGUACCCAUACAAUGAAAGGUUGAUCUGUAUUUACUGUGGAAAGUCCUUUAACCAGAAAGGAAGCCUUGACAGGCACAUGCGACUCCACAUGGGAAUCACCCCCUUUGUGUGCAAGUUCUGUGGGAAGAAGUACACACGGAAGGACCAGCUGGAGUACCACAUCCGGGGCCAUACUGACGAUAAACCAUUCCGCUGUGAGAUUUGUGGGAAGUGCUUUCCAUUCCAAGGUACCCUCAACCAACACCUGCGAAAAAACCACCCAGGUGUAGCUGAAGUCAGGAGUCGCAUCGAAUCCCCAGAGAGAACAGAUGUGUAUGUGGAACAGAAACUAGAAAAUGAUGCAUCGGCCUCGGAGAUGGCCCUAGAUUCCCGAAUGGAAAUUCACACAGUGUCUGAUGCUCCUGAUUAAGAUGGUAAAGAAGUGCACCCAAACAAAGCACAUUAAUCAAUGCAUAUUUGUGAUUUGCUUUGUUGUAAUCUUUGGUUUUCCCAACCAUCUGGAAAUCUCUUGGUUUCUUGGCAGUCCGAGGUUUCUGGAUGGAACACUUCAUUGUGUUUAUCCUUUUCCCCAUCUUCCCUCCCCCAAGGAGCUCAAAGCAUGAAGGGCAGUGUAUCCAGGGAAAACACAGGCUGACAGUAUUCAUCUCUGGCUGAACUCUUUAAUCCAAAAUCUGCCAGUGAUUUAGCUAUGCCAACUGGUUGACCCUAUAUUCUCUGCCAAGAGGCAUACUCUCUCUCAUUGUGUGUGCUGGCAGUGGUGCGUUUCCACCAAGAGAGACUAGGAUGCCGUCAGCCGAUACAAAUGGGUAACCUUUUCUAAUUUAAAGUUACUUUUAGGGGAUAGUUAGACAAUUUAUAUAUAUAUAUAAUAAAGUGAUUAUUAUAUAUAUGGUAUAUAUACAUUCUCAAAUUUGAUUUUAUUCUAGUUGAGGUGAAUGUAAAAGGAUUAUAUAAUACAAUGUGAACAGGGCUUUCGACUCUGUCUCAUCCCUACCUAAUAUGUUAGGGUUUUGCCCCUUUAUUUCUCUUACGAAAGAAUGUUAAUGGUUUUCAUAUAUAUUAAUCAUUGUGUCCAAAAGCAAGCAAAGCAAAUCACAGUCUUCAUAGCUCUGCUUCAUAACAAGUACAUAAACCAAAUGCCAUAAAAUGUGCUCUAGUUGGAAACCAUUUGGAAUUUUUGUUAGUUGUCCAGUGGGUGAGCUGGAUGACCUGUGGUGCUGACCUUUUUACAUAUUGUAGUGUUAUAUUAGCCAACCCCAAAGGAGCAGUGGUUUUCAAUGUUUUUACUGGCCUACAAAUCUACCUUCAUUCCGUACUGUAGAAACAUACAUACCAGGUAACUAAAUCGCAUCACUCUACCACAAGCUAGUACUCGCACUAAAGGAAAGGAAUUUGUAGCUCAGGCUACAAAAUUCUCCAAGCAGUGUUGUGUUCUUUUUCUUUCUCUUUUCAAACAGCCAGUUCAGGUGCACAGCAACUUUUUCUACAUGCAGUUCCCAGGGAAACUGCAGAACUUGGAAUUUGUACUUUUUGUAAAGAUAUACUCUAUGGGAAUUGCAAGCAAUAUAUCUAUCUUAGUAUUGUGUGUGCUAAUGAGAGCCUCAGUGGCUCCCCCACUCUCAGUGUUUCCUGCUUAAAGAAACCAACAGUUAAAAAGCCCUCUAGUAUACUGUGUGUCACCAAAUCUGUGUAUGUCACCAUUUUUUUGGUCACGUGGUGCUAUUUUUAUGUUAAGUAUCUUUUAGGUCAGUAUAGUAUAGAAAAUGUGAAAUCUAAUGGUAAUAGUGAAUUACAGUUUUUUUCUUCUUUUGAGUUCAUAGCUUGAAAAGAGACCUCAAAAGCAUGUGCUGGCAAACACAUUACUGUAUAAAAACUUUCCUGAGUCCUAUUUCAAUAAUGUGUUAGUAGUACUUUAGGAAAUGUCUUCAGUUCUAGAUUUUCCUCACGUGUGCUUCUAGUAUACAAAACAGGCUUUACAAGAUUGCUUUGGUACUGUAUACUCUGGCAAAGAAUAAUUUUGUGAGUAAUUUGGUUGUGAGUUUGUGCUGCAGGCUGCUGUCAUCACCCCAGACUCUGCUUGACAACCUUGGCUCUGAAAACUCACAACCAACAGUUCUCCACAGGAGAGCAGCAAAACCACCGGAAAAAAAACAAAAACAAAAAGAGCAGCCUCAUAGGCUAUGAGUUAAGUUAAAGGAAUACAAAAAAUAGAUGUUUGCUGGUUUUCCAUGCUUUUUUGUCUCUUAAUAUACAAAUAAUGGUGGGUUUUUUUGUUUGUUUUUGUUUUGUUUUGAGAAAAAAACAAAAACCAUUCAAGCCCUUUGUGUGUAAUAGACCCCCGGGGGUGAUAGCUGUGCAGUAGCAUCUCUUUAGCACACAGAUCUGCUCACAUGUGAACUGCUGCACUACACAUCAGUGUUCCUACGUACAGAUUACACUCUAACUCCUGCUGCUCCAGAGGAGCGGCUCUUGCUAAAUCGGGUAUAUAGUAUGCCUUUUUCCUUGUCAAACUGCCUAAGUAAGGGGUUUGUUCUCUCCCUGAAGCACUCAUUCAACUCCUUUAUAAAGCCGUGUGCCUCAAGGGGAGGCUGGACCCCAAGUGUUUACCCACUUAAAUAUGUUCUGGGGUUUCAGGUGAAUGUUUGUGAAUUCUUUUUCCUUACAUGAAUAAGUUUGGUUUUGAUUUUUUUUUUAAAGAAUUAAAUGCAAAAAAAAUUGUGUUUUAAUACAAGUUAAGUUCGUGACAAGAAAUGCCCAAAUCAAGGACAUGAGAGGUCAGGCUCAGGGAAGGAACCUCCUUUUCACUCAGGCUUGGGGCCUUCCGAGAGGUCUCCAGAGCAUUCUGCGAGAUGUGAGACAAGUUAGGAGGGGAGGGCGCUUGGGGCAAGCACCUUGAAUGUCCUGGUUCUUGUCAUUGUGUCAGUCUUAACCUUAUUUACAUGGAGUUCUUUGUAUUUGUAAAUUUGUUUAACUGGUUUGAGUUUACCAAAGAGUGACUUAUCCAAAAUUGUCUCUGACAAAAAUAAACAUUGCUUUGAUUGUACAGUUCAGGUUCAAACAUUGUAAUGGGACUGUUAAAGGGGCAGAAAAUUGACUGAGUUUCUCUCUAAUAAUCAUAAUUCCGCAUUUUGCAAGUUUCACUUGCUCCCAUUCAUGUUGCUAACACUUUUUACCCUUUCCACUGCUCGCAGUGUUAAGAAUGAAUUCUCAAGCCAUAACACAGUACUGUAAAGUUCCACAGGGCUUUGAGGGAGGCAGCCGUAGACCAGCACAGAGCUGUGUAGCCUCUCUGAGCACUCAUAUUGCCAUGCUUCCCAGUGUGCAUGGCUGUGAAAGAUUAACUCCGGCAGCAGCAAUUAAUUGUGCCUUGUCACAUGAGGAUGUGCCAGGAGGAUUAACAUGACCACAGAACAGAAACAUUCUCUCCCCGAAGUUCAUGUCUCCACAGACGAAGUACGCUAUUGUAACUCCUUAGAGCAACUGUUUUUGGAAAGCAAAGUCCCUAUUUCUGUACAGUUUUAGGUUAGAUGUUUCAUUUAUAACAAAUGCAGAAAUCAAUUAAGAUAAAGUGAUAUGUGAAGAAAUCUUUUACAGUAAAUAUAUCCUAAAUUCAUAUAGGCUUGUUCAUAAUUGAGUCUCUUCUUGAGCUACCUUUUUCAAUACGUAGACAAUGUGAAGACAGUGACAGCGUCCUUUUUUUUCCUAUAGUUGUUUAACCUGUUAUUACAAACUGUGAAAACAAAGAAGCUUAUACUUUUACUAAUGUUUGUGGUUCUAAACAGUUACUUUCAUUUUAAUCAGUUCUCUAUCCUAUAAUUUCUACUACAGCUGUAAAUACAUUUAGAAAUUAUAUUUGUAAAUACAGUAUCUGAUGACAAGUUAAUUUUUUGGUCAGUGGAAAGCCUCCCAAUCGGCUCUGCCUUGGUUUUUUUAUUUUUUUAAACAGCAGAAAGGAUACUGUCGGUUCACUGUUAAGCAGAAUAUACUGUAGAAUUAAAUUGAUAGUUUUUUUUUUAAUAAUCAUCCAGAGCAUGAGUAGAUGUCUUUUCUAAUAAUAGUAGUCAUAACCAAGUCUUUGUUUUUCCCUUAGCCCAGACCAUAGACCUGCAUAUUUUUGUGUGUGGUUUUGUUUUUAGUUCUGUUUCUACAGGCUAAAUUUUAGGAAGAACUUGCAGGAAUACAAAACAAGGGCUGGGAGGAAAAUCAUCUGUGUGAAUGAGCUUUACU